AUACAAGAAAAGAGGAGACAGAACCCAAAACUCAGACCCACUCGUCUCUCUCUCUCACUCACACUCAAAUGGAGUCAUCGCCGUCGUCCCCACCUUCAUCGCCGGAGAUUCUCAACCUCGAUUCUAUCAGAGCUCUCAAAAUCCUCGGACAAGGCGCCACCGGAACUGUCUUCCUCGCACACGACGUUGUUUCUGUCUCCUCUUCUUCCUUCGCCGUCAAGCUUGUCCACAAAUCGUCAGCCUCCUCUCUCCGCCGUGCACGGUGGGAAAUCGAGGUCCUCCGUCGUCUCUCCGUUCAAACGAAUCAAAACCCUUUUCUCCCUCGUCUCUUAGCUUCCUUCGAGUCACCGGAAUAUUUCGUAUGGGCUGUCCCGUAUUGCUCCGGCGGCGAUCUCAACGUCCUCCUUCGCCGUCAAAACGACGGCGUUUUCAGCUCCUCUGUUAUUAGAUUCUACGUGGCUGAGAUCGUCUGUGCGCUUGAGCAUCUUCAUUCCAUGGGGAUCGCUUACAGAGACUUGAAACCUGAGAACAUUCUCAUUCAGCAAUCCGGUCACGUUACACUCACCGACUUCGACCUUUCUCAGAGCCUCAAGAAGCCCACCCGACCCGAAUUCUUUCAACCCGACCCGGAAUUGUGCACCGAUCCUAAAAAAAGUCGGAGCUUUUCUCGCUGGGUCUCUCCGGCGGCGUCGGAGAGCAAGAAAACGAGAUCCGCUCGGGUUAACCCGAUUACUCGCCGGAAAACCAGUUUUUCCUCCGGCGAACGUUCAAAUUCCUUCGUCGGAACUGAUGAGUACGUCUCGCCGGAGGUAAUUCGCUGCGACGGUCACGACUUCGCCGUCGAUUGGUGGGCUCUCGGUGUUCUGACAUACGAGAUGAUGUACGGAGAGACUCCGUUCAAAGGGAAGAGCAAGAAGGAGACUUUUCGAAAUGUGCUGGUUAAAGAACCUGAGUUCGCCGGGAAACCAAAUGAUCUCACGGAUCUUAUCCGGCGGCUGCUUGUGAAAGACUCGAGUAGGCGGUUAGGUAGCCGCCGUGGCGCAGCGGAGAUAAAGGAGCAUCCUUUUUUCGCGGGUGUGAGGUGGGAUUUGUUAACGGAAGUGUUACGACCUCCGUUUAUUCCGUUGAGAGAUGACGGGGAAUUAACGGCUGGUGGGUUCGAUAUAAGGGAACAUUUGGAGAAACUGAGGAUGACGGUGUCAUCAGCUCCUCCGUCACCGUUUCAGUCUCCUUCGCACGUGUGUCGUAACAGCGAUUCGUUCAUUGACUUCUGAUCCGUGUGUGUGGAAUUAACACGUACAAAGUUGUAGAUACUCAUUUUUCUUAUGUGGUGUAAUUUUUAAUUUUUCUGGUUUUCGUUUAUAUGAAAAUCAUUGUUGAACU